AUGGCCAAUAGGACAGAAUGGAAAGAAUGGACUACACCAUGGGAUACUUUAAUCGACUGUAUACUGUUAGCAAAUGGAGAUCCAAAUACCAGUGAAGUCAUGUGUCGUAUAGCCAGCGUUUUUGGAGUUGUAAUGGGUUAUAUAUUUCCAUGUGUCGGUGGAUUCGGAAUAAUUACUAAUUCGAUAGUUGCUUUUAUAUUUCUUGUUCUACUUCGUCAUGAAACAAAACAUUUUAUAUUUUUAGGCGCACUUGCCUUGGCCGACAUCGCUGUGUCCAUAAAUAUGGGUUGGUUAUGGUUUUUUCCGUCUUAUGGUCUACCGUAUAUUUCUUCAGGAAGUAUAUAUUAUUUCCUGUUGACUAGAUCAAGUAUAGUUUGUCGUUUAUCUAUAUUUUUUCAAACUUUCUUUUGUAUUCUCCGAGGGAAUAUUUAUGUAUUACUGGCCUUUGAUCGAUUAUUUUUUAUGCACAAACCAUUGGUCUACAAUAAAAUUCCUAGAUAUUACACUGGAAUUCUUUUGAUUGUAGUCAUUAUUCUUACUGUUUUAAUGUCACUCCCCAUUACACUAUUUGUUGAUCUGAUAUCCGUAAAAGGCUUAUCCACAUGUUGGUUUAGUAGUCAAACAAAGAUACUACCAUUCUAUCAAGUGUUAUUCUCAAAUACAUGUCUAAUUCAACUCACCAUAGUCGCACUGUUCGAUGUCUUCUUUCUGCUGAAAGUGUUAAACUGGUCACGAAGUCGUCUUCAAGUCACUGAAACUGCAGUUAAAGAAAAGAAAACUAUUUCACCAAUUAUUACUCUUCUUGUGUUAAAUAUUUUAUCAUUUUUAUUUGCUGCACCAAGUGGUAUAACCUAUAUGAUUUUAGUUACAUAUGAAAAUGCACCUUAUGAAUAUAUUCGUAUGUUAACAUUUUUUAUUUAUAUUUCAUGGAUUUUAAUAUUUCUUCAAUCUUCACUGAAUAUUUUACUUUAUUUUAUCCGUAUCAUUAAAUUUCGUCGAGUUCUACAAAAGCUGAUUUGUUGUAAUUUUGGAAAAAUAUCAAAUGUCAGUAAAGAUUCAACAGUGAGUUCAUUCAAAUAAAAAUUAUCUAAUUAAUUUUAAACUGAUUACUUAUAACAUAACGUUAAUAUAGUUUCCUUAUCCAUUACAAUUAUUUCUUUGUUUAAAUGCAUUAAUGGAGCAGCAUUAAUGCACGCGCCGAAUAUAAUUCAAAAGUUUUCAAUAGAAAACAGUCAUAAUAAUUGUUUCUUUUCUGGAAGUAUUAUAUUCAAAAGAAUGGAUACUGAACAAAGAGUACUCUUUCAAUAACGCCUUCUUCAUCAGGCUCUACAGUUAUUUAUAUACAUU